AUGGAUGUCCUAAUUAGAAUGAUGAGUCGCAUUGACGACGUUUUGGAGACAGUUGGAAGCGGGGAUGUAAUUUCUCUCCCUCAAAUCGUCGCGAUCGGCUCACAAAGCUCGGGAAAAUCGUCGGUUCUCGAAAAUAUCGUUGGACGAGAUUUUAUUCCUCGUAACUCAGGAGUCUGCACCCGCCGCCCGCUGAAAUUGGAUUUGAUAAAAGUCGACAGGACGCAGCAAGUUGAAGGGCGAGUUUACGAAGAAUGGGCGGUUUUUGCUCAUUUGCCUGACAAGGUUUUUACUGAUUGGAACGAAGUUGGACUUGAAAUCGUCCGGGAGACGGAGAGACUUUGUGGAAAUAAUAAGAACAUUUGUGAUACGCAAAUUGGUCUAAGAGUCUUUUCGCCGCAUGUGGUUUCACUUACGCUGAUUGAUUUGCCAGGAAUAACAAGAGUUCCUGUUGGUGAUCAACCUGAAGACAUAGAAGAUCAAAUCGUUGCAAUGGUCACGAAGUACAUCAAACGUCCAAACACCCUUAUCUUAGCCGUAACUGCUGCUAAUGUUGAUUUCGCCACGUCUGAGGCAAUUAAAUUGGCAAGAAAGGUUGAUCCACUCGGAAAACGAACACUCGCUGUUUUGACUAAAAUUGAUUUGAUGGAUAGAGGAACAGAUGCGAUGGAUGUGAUUUCGGGAAGAGUUCUUCCCGUUAAAUUGGGAAUCGUGGGUAUUAUGUGCAGAUCCCAGGCCGAUUUGAACAAGAAAACAACGAUCAGAGAAGCACUCGAAAAGGAGAAAAAGUUCUUCCGCUCAAAAUAUCCCUCUGUCGCUGCGCGAUCUGGAAGUGCCUAUCUUCGAAGGAGCUUGUCAAAACUUUUAGUGGAGCAUAUCCGUGCAACGUUGCCGGAAUUAACGAUGAAAAUUUCAUUGUUGAGGAGGCAGUUUCAAUCGCAAUUGGCGGCCUAUGGCGAGCCGCAAAUUCUCCGACUUGAGGAACCAAGCAUCCGCUGCAUCGAACUCGUACAAGAGGAGCUGAAAAGAAUUAUAAAUGACGCGCUGUCAGCGGAGUACCAGCGAUUCCCACGACUUUCAAACAAGCUCCGCGAUGCCGUGAUUUCUAGCAUCGAAAUGAGGACAGCGCCGGCAAAAGAAUUUAUUUCGAAUUUCAUCAAAAACGAGGUGUCCUACAUUAACUGCAAGCAUCCGGACUUCCUUGGAGCCAAAAAGUCUGCCAUCAGCAAAAUGACAGGCGACUCAGAACAAGCAACGGAAAAACGAGAAUGCGCAAUUGUCGAGUUCUUGAUCCAGUGCUACUUCAACAUUGUCAGAAAAAGCAUUCAAGAUCACGUGCCCAAGGUGAUCAUGAAUUUCAUCGUCAACGCUGUCAAAGAUUCGCUGCAAGGAUUCCUCGUGACGACUAUUUACAAGACCGAAAGUGGAAGUGAGAGGAACAUGAAAGAGCUGCUGGCGGAAUCGGAAUUUAUUGCGCAGCAACGAGAAGAACUUACCCACAUGCUUCAAGCAUAUUCACAAGCCGAGAUGAUUCUCCAAUCCGUUCGAAACGAAACGAACACGCUAUAA